AUGGUGCGACACCAACGGAAAACCAUUCCCGCCCUCCUUCCUUCUACUCCGACAGUCGACAGUGACGUCCCAUCCCCAACCUAAAUAGCAAGUGAUCGAUGUCAUGUCCCCACCUCUCCACCACCUUACAUCCAAACCUAUCUCGAAUCGCUGGCAUGCAAGAACCCUUCAUAAUCACAAGCUUCAGCUCCCCGCCCUCGCGCACACCCAGCCGAAGUGUUCAACUCCCAGCCCACUCGACCCCCCAACCCCCAACUCGACCACGACCAAGCCGAAGGUCUACUCUAGCCAAUGGCGGGAGCAGCGCCUGUGGCGCCGCCGAUGGUAUCCGCGGCGAGGCCGGCGGCGGGGUCGCUGUACGAGGCGCUGCGCGUGGGGCGCUCGGCGACACAGGUGGAGAUCAGGACCGCGUACCGCUCCAUGGCCAAGCGCCUCCACCCCGACGUCGCCUCCUGCGGCCACGGGUACGGAGGGCCCGAGGCGUUCCUGGAGAUCCGGAGGGCGUACGAGACGCUGUCUGACCCGGCGGCCAGGGCGCGAUACGACAGCUCGCUCGGGGUGUUCCGCGGCGGCGGCGGCGGCGGCGUGAUGCGGGUGCGGAGGUGGGAGACGGACCAGUGCUGGUGAUCCAUCCACCAAGCCAUGAUGUCCCAACUCCCAUGAACGUGGAUGAGCUGCAACGGCCUGCGUAGGUGCAGUUUUUUUUAAGUCGUUCUCGGCGCAGUUAGUGCUAGGUUAGUGGAAAGGUUGUGGUGUGGGCCCAGUCAUCUGUCCCUCUAUGUAGCUGGCCCCACUUGUUAGUCUUUUUUGCGGGGCCAUUUUUUGGUUCGGUGGUGUAGCUUUUGUAAACAUAUAUAUUCAAGCUUGCUACUCUUCAGCUGUUUUUCGCCUAAA